AUGGUCGAAUUUGCCGCGAGUAUUGCGGGUAUUGUGGGUACUGUUCUCGGUGUUGGCAAGUGCUUUACGUACUUGUUCAACCACAAGAGCAACUUAAGAAAUCUCGAAACAGAAGUUGGGAUGCUGAAGGUUACCAAAAAUAAAGUGGAUGUUAAGGUUGAAAAUGCUAGAAACAAUGUGGAAGAGAUCUUAGAGACUGUUGAGCAGUGGGUAAUUAAAGUGAACUCCAUCGUUCCUGAAGCAGAGACGUUGAUUGAAGAGAGAGCAAACGUCGGAUGUUUCAACUUGAAAGCCCGCUACAAACAGAGCAGGAAAGCAUCGAAAAAGGUGAAGGAUGUUGCUGAACUCCUGCGGCUACAAGAAGCAUUCGGCGAUCAGGUUUCCCACCCUAUCAUUCAUGAAGACACAAGGCUUAUAUUGAAUAAAGAUUACCUGGCCUUUCAAUCACGAUCGUCCACUUUGGAGGAUGUAUUGGAGGCAUUAAAUGAGGCCGAGGUGGACAUUAUUGGGGUUCAUGGGAUGGGUGGCAUUGGUAAGACCACCCUGGUCAAAGAAGUUGGAAGGCAGGCGAAGGAAGAAAAGCGAUUUGAUAAGGUGAUUUUUGUAGAGGUAACUGACGCUCCGAACAUAAAAGAGAUACGAGAAGAAAUUGCGAAUGACUUAGGUUUGAAAUUUGAUGAUAAGGAGACUGAAACUGGAAGAGUAAAUAAGUUAUUUGCACGAUUGAAGAAGGAGAAGACAAUCCUAAUAAUUUUAGAUAAUAUCUGGGAUGAGCUUGAUCUGGAGAAACUAGGAAUUCCUUUUGGUGAAAAUCAUAAGGGAUGUAAACUAUUGUUGACAGCAAGGGAUCGAAACGUGUUUCGCAGCAUGAGUUCAACCUCAAAAUCUUUCUCGAUUGACGUUUUGAAGGAAGAUGAAGCUUGGAGCUUAUUUAGAAAGAUGACAGGUGGAUUUGAUAUGCGUGAGUUGCAAUCUCUGCCGAAUGAUGUAUGCCAAGAAUGUGGUGGUUUACCAAUUGCCAUUGUUACUGUAGCAAAGGCAUUAAGGAACAAGAGAGAACUAGCUGACUGGAAGAAUGCCUUACAAGAAUUGAAAAGUCCUUCCCCAACAGAGUUCAAAGGAGUGCUGAAAGAGGCAUAUUCAAAGGUAGCAUUGAGUUACAAUUAUUUAGAAGGUGAGGAACUCAAGAAAGUUUUUUUGCUCUGUAGUAUAAUGACACGUGAUGCUUCCAUUUCAAAGUUGUUCAAAUUCGUUAUGGGUUUGAAUAUACUUGAAGGAAAUAAACUUACAAUGGAGGGUGCACGACAUAGACUACAUACACUUCUUUCUAAACUCAAAGAGUCUUGUUUGUUACUUGAUUGUUCUUCACGUAAUCGAUUUUCUAUGCAUGAUGUUGUUCGGGAUAUUGCUAUAACAAUUUCAUAUAAAUACUAUCAUGUACUUACGGAGAGAAAUGAUGUUGAAGAUGAAUGGAAAAAUGUGGAUAUACUCAAAAAGUGCACCAAAAUCUCCUUAGCUAAUGGUGAUAUGAUUAGUAAACAUUGGGCUGAAGGUUUAGAAUGUCCAGAACUUGAAUUUUUCUAUGAGGGUAGGGAUUACUAUUCUUCUUUGGAUAUGAUGAGUGAACAUUCCAAUAUGAUUAGUGAUCUUUGGCAUCAAGGUUUAGAAUUUCAACCAUUCUCUGUGAGUAAGGAGUGCUUUUCUUUCAAAUUUCCUGAGAAAUUUUUCUCAAGGUUGGAAAAGCUCAAAGUUUUAAGUUUGAAAUUUCUUCCGUCACCAAUUAUUCUUCCAAUAGGCCUUCAAACAUUGUGCUUGGAUGGGAGCAAAAUUGAAGAAGUUGCUAUUAUAGGGGAGUUGAAGAAACUAAAGAUCCUUAGCUUGAGAGAUUGUUACACUAUUGAGCAGUUGCCUGGAGAAAUAAGUCAACUAACUCAACUAAGGUUGUUAGAUUUAAGCUAUUGUAUAUAUCUUCGAGUUAUCACACCAAAUGUCAUAUCAAGCUUAGUCCUAUUGGAAGAAUUAUACAUGAUAAAAUGCCCUGUUCUAUGGGAGGUCGGAGGACACAAUGUUAAAAGAAGUAAUGCUAGUCUUGAGGAGUUGCUUCAUUUGUCUUGUCUCACCGCUCUAGAAAUAGAUAUUAAAGAUGAGAAGAUUUUGCCUAAACGCUUUUUCUCAAAAAAGUUGGAACGAUACAAUAUAUCAGUCGGAAAUGAGUUUUAUAGUAGUGGUAGAGAAUACCCUCGAUGUGGUUCAAUAGUUUGUGAGGACUUCGAGUUUAUUCAAAACGAGGGUUCAAGAAUAAUCAAAAUGGAGCUUAAUUCUUCCAUUUGCUUGGAGGAACUGCAAGGGAUCAAGAAUGUUGAAUCCUUAUGUUUAGAUAAAUUGCAGAAUGUCAAGAAUGGUCUUCAAGAAUUAGACAAUGGUGGUUUUUCACAAUUGAAACAUCUCCAUGUCCAAAAUAUUCCCAACUUCUUGUGUCUAGUUGACUCAACAAAAUGCGCAACUGCCUUCCCCCUCUUGGAGUCACUAAUUCUUUUCAAUAUGAUUAAUUUGGAAAAGAUAUGUAAGAUUCAACCAACAACAGAGUCCUUCUGCAAUUUAAAAUUCAUAGAAGUGAAAGGUUGUCAUGAAUUGACAAUUCUCUUCUCUUUUUCCACUGCCAAAAGUCUUCCACAACUUCUAAGACUUACAGUGGAAGAUUGCAAGAAUUUAACUAAGAUUUUUGCUAUUGAAAGAGAAGAUAAUGUCAACAAUGACAGCGAUCAGAUUGAGUUCUUUCAAUUACACUUCCUAAGUCUGAUAAAUCUUCCGAGGCUUGCAAGCUUCUGCUCGGGAAUGACGACAACAUCAACAUCACAAUCAAGACAUACUGGAAUAGAAGCAACUCCUAAGUUUGUCUUUUCAUGGGUAACAUUUUUAAAACUUGAUCACCUACCAGAACUUACAACUUUUUGCCUUGGAAGACAUACUUCGGAAUGGCCGAUGUUAGAGGAGUUACAGGUACAUAACUGUGAAAAAGUAAAGAUAUUCACUUCAGAAUGUGGUAGCUCCGAUGAAAACAACACCGCGGCCCAAUUUGAUAAUUCAGAGCCAGCCCUCUUCUUGAUUGAAAAGAUCAACCCUAAUUUGAAGGAAUUGAUAGUGGAUGGCAUGAUUCCACUUGGCAUCCUUCAAAGAUUUAACAACCUAGAAAAGCUCAAACUAGAGGGGGAUUCAGACGAAGUAUUAUGGUCAUGUGAAGAAGAAGAGAAACAUAUUGAACUGCCAAUACAGAUAAAAAAUUUAGAGCUGGAUGGUCUUCAUCAUCUGAAGUACUUGUGGAAAGAAGACUGCAAGCUGGAUCCUGUUCUUCUUUUUCAAAAUCUUACCCAUAUGACAGUAACCUAUUGCAAUGGAAUAUUGAUGAACUUAAUAACAACUUCAGUUGCCAGAAGUUUGCUGCAAUUGAGGGAAAUGACAAUCAGCAGAUGCGAUUUGAUGAUAGAAGUAAUAGAAGAUGAGAGAGAUGCAACAAAUGAUGAGAGAAAUGUAGCAAAAGAUGAGAUUGAUUUCCCCAAAUUGAAGUUGUUGUCACUUGCUUUUUUAGAAAAUCUCGUGUGCUUCUACUCUGGGAAUUACAUUUUAAAAUUCCUAUCUUUAGAAGAAUUAUACGUGGAUAGAUGUCCCAAAAUGAAGACUUUCUCUCAAGGGGUCUUGAGCGCACCAAAGUUACAGAAGGUAGUAGAGGAAGAUUCGUUGCAGUCCUACUGGGAGGGUGAUCUUAAUUCAACUAUACAACAAUUAUACAAAAAACAGCCUCACUAUGAUCUGAAUGUGUUGACAUUAAUUGGAAAGGACAAAAAGCAAAUACGUCGAGGCCAAAUUCUAGAUGAACCAAAGGUUGAUGAUGUGGAAGCUCUUGUGAUCGCUAUAGACAAAUCAACAAGCAUUCCAGUUGAAAUCCUUGAGAUGUUUCACAAGCUUGAAAACCUUAAACUAGAAGUAAGCUCAUACAAAGAGUUGUUCUCAUGUGCAGAUGACAAUAAACGUGCUGGGGCAUUCACACAGUUAAAAAUUCUGGAAGUCUUUUAUUGUCACAAUUUGACCACUCUAGUGCCAUCUUCUACAUCUUUUGAUAAUUUAAAAACUCUGAAGGUACAAUAUUGUAAUGGAUUGAGGAGCUUACUAACAUCAUCAGCAGCAAAAAGUCUGGUGCGACUCAAAGAAAUAACAAUAGAACGAUGUGAAAAGCUUACAGAAAUAGUAGCAAAUGGGGAAGAUAUAGAAAAAGAUGUAGUUUUCAGGAAACUAGAGAGUUUGUCACUUGAUUGUUUAGAAAAUCUUACAAGUUUCUGCUAUGAGAAUCACACCUUUAAAUUCCCAUCUUUGAACAAAUUAAUUGUGCAUAAUUGCCCCAAGAUGGAGACUUUCUCUGGAGGAGUUUUAAGCACACCGAAGUUGCAAAAAGUAGAAACGAAUGAGUGUGAUUUUGUUGGGUGCUGGGAUUAUGAUCUCAAUACAACCAUAAAACAAUUACAAAAAAAGGUCGUUUUCCCCGAUACGAAGGUCUCAAAAUGGAGUUCAACGUUAUGGGACAUUCAAUGUCCGACAUCAACGUCUUCCUCGUAUCAUAAUAUAACACACUUGAUUUUGGUGAGUUUUGAGAAACUGAUAUAUAUAUUUCCAUCUUCUCUAGUAAAAAGCUUUGAACAACUUCAACAACUUGAGAUAAGAUGGUGUCGGGUUUUAAAGGAGAUUGUUACGAUAGAAGAAGUUGAAACAACUUCUACGUUUGUCUUUCCACGAGUAACCACUUUAAAACUUGAAAACUUACCAGAACUUACAUCUUUCUAUCCUGGAAAACAUACAUCGGAGUGGCCCGUUCUAAAAAUUUUGGCGGUACAUGAAUGUGAAAAAGUGAAGACUUUCACUUCAGAACAUCUGAGCUUCCAUGAGGACAGUGAAGAAGCCCACUCUCUCUUGUUAGUGGAAAAGAUACGAGUUUCUUUGUACUUUCUUUAA